CAAAGUGCCGCAGACGUCGGUUUCAAAUGCACAGCUGCAAAAGUCAGCAUUGAUCAACUGUGGCACUGAUAAGCUCUUAAAUUCCAGAUUAAUGCGUCUUAGUUUCAGCUCGUUCGCAUGGUUGGGCAAAUAUUCAACAAUAUUUAACAACAAAUCGUGCGGGGGCCGCGAGCAUUUUGGAAAUGACGCGCUACGGAUCGGCGUUGCUUAUCAAAUUGCCAUUUUUCGCUGGCAUUUCCGAGAGCCGAAAGAGAUUUCUAGCACGAAUUCUCCGUGCGACAAGUGCACAAACAAAUCGGCUGCCGUAAAUAAACAAGCUGGGAAAAAUUUCGCUGACUUGCAAAAGCAGCAUGCGGCUCUUUGCUUCCUUCUUUUUUUUUUUAAAGAUGUAUACAUAAAUUCCGUUUUUUUUUGUGAAUUUUUCUGCUACUUUGGCUAACCGGUUGGAGCAAACAUAUUUGAAUAGCUCGCCUGAAAUCCUUAUAAAUCAUGUGCGCUUCGAAAUGAAACCGGUUAGCCUGUUUUGAGCAAACCCACGAUGCGCGCGCUGCAAAACAGAAGGUAAUAUACGAAAAAGCAUAAGAAACAAGAAAUAUAUAGAGUACGACCGCCUUCCAUCCUCCAAAUAGGUUGGCCUACGUAGGUUGGGCUCUUUUUGUCGAUUUCGGCGAUACGAGAGUGUAGAGUGUGUUGUGUGCGUGUGUGAACUCGGCUCUUUUUCGAUUGAGUUUGCGUUUGCGAGCGGACCACCACCACCACCAAAAGCGAAACGGCCUGCUGUCGUAUUUUUUGUUAUUCCCGAACCGACGCUCCACGCCAACGGAACGCUCGAGCAGCCAGCGGCAGACAGCAGCAGCAGUGCAGAGCGGAAUAUAUAGAACACAUUUGAGAGAAAAGAAAUAAAAGGAGCCAACUCAGAGGCCCUCAGCAGUGGCAGUAUAGCCUAACCGUACGGAAAAGCACGCGCGUCAUCGUAAAAACGUGCUACGAAAUCGCAGGGAGACGGCGGUAAUAGCAAGUAAAUUACAUAAAAACCACGGAGGAGCAAUCACAGCACAACCAUGACCGAUGUCAGUGCAAAUAGUUUGGAUGUAUCGGUGGAUGUGGUCUGGCCGACGAUAAUUGUCCUGGCCAUGCUGGUCAUAAAUGGCUUCGUUUUCGCCUACAUUAUGCGCAAGCGGCGGGAGUACAAGAGCCAGGAGGAGGAGCUGCAGCAACAACAACAACCUGUUCCACACGCAACCUACGCGGCCACCUCGCCCACGGAACGGCAUGCGGAUGCGUAUCAGGAGGACGAUAGCUGUGCCAUCGAGAUGGAGCGACUGUAGGGAUGCAGGGAGAUCGCACUAGUUAAGCUCUCUGAUACUCAACCACAAUCGUCCAAGCUUCUCAACUGCAACGAAGUUUCCUAAGCCAUAUAAGUAGUAUCUCUAGAUUGAUAGAUACAAAACGUAUACGUCGAGUGCCUGGAUAUCGGAUUGCACGUGCAUUUAAUUAACGUUGUUUUUAAGUUGUUAACUCUAUCUGCAUAUAUCGCAAAUUCAAAUUUUCUACAAAAGUAUACAAUAAAUGUGUGAAUUUUAUCAUGCGGCAUAGAGAAACCA